AUGUGUGACAUUUCGGUUGCUAAAUGCAUAAUCAGUGAGCCUCGGAAUAUCAAUCAUAAGUAUUAUCAGUCAGGGGAUGUUAUAAUAGCUGACAUUUGUUCGCAGAGCUACGUGUUUCCCAACACUCUCUAUUUUGAAAGGCAUCCUUCUUCUGAAGACCUUUAUGAGCUCAUAUAUUUGACUCAGACCUACCAGCAUGUCCUGGCUUUUCUAUUUGCUGUGAAGGAGAUCAAUGAAGAUACGCAGAUGUUGCGCAACAUCUCCUUAGGUUUCAGUAUUUAUAAUGACUACUUCAGUGGAAGCUUAACUUAUCUUGCUUCUCUGGAGCUCCUCUCCACAUGGGACCACUUCAUUCCAAACUAUAAAUGUGAUGCCCGAAGUACUAAUGUGGCUGUGAUUGGAGGACCCGACUCCGAGGCAUGUCUUUUAAUGGCCACCAUUCUGAGCAUCUAUAAGAUACCGCAGCUUGGAUAUGGUUCUUCUCCUAUGAUUAAUGAUCAAUCUGAACAAUUCCACAUCCAAUGGAUGUUCCCAAAUGUAAACCAGCAAUAUGUGGGGAUUCUCCAGUUGCUCAUGCUUUUUUCAUGGACCUGGAUUGGAGUCAUUUAUAUACAGGAUGACAGUAGCCACGGAUUCAUGCAGAAUGAACUUCCCAAGUUAUCUGCAGGAGGUAUCUGCUUUGACUUUAUCAAGCCAUUCCCAAAUGUGUACUUCAAAACGGGCAUUCAGAAAAUGAUAGAGGCCUGGUUUAAACUAUACCUCUUGAUCAGUGACAGCACAGCCAGUGUUGUGUUCCUACAUGGCAAAUUUCACACUACAAUCUUCUUGAGAAUGUUUCCCAGAAUUUUGGAACUUGAAAAUGUACAAAUGAAGAGGGCCAAAGUUUGGAUGCUGACCGCACAGAUGGAUUUCACUUCUCUUCCCUUUCAACAAUCUUGGGAUAUAGAUAUCCUUCAUGGUUCCUUGGCCUUUGCAACUCAGUCAAAAGAACUGGUGGGUUUCCAACAUUUUCUUCAGAUGAGAAAUCCCAAUGUGGAGACCAGAGAUGGCUUUAUUAAGGACUUUUGGGCACAGGCAUUUGAUUGUUCCUUUCCAACUUCCUUGGAAGAGGAGAAGGCUUGGAAUCAUUGCACUGGGAAAGAGAAGCUAGAAGCUCUUCCUAAAUCUGUUUUUGACAUGAGCAUAACUGCCCCUAGCUACAGUGUCUACAAUGCAGUUUAUGCUGUAGCCCACGCAUUGCAAUACAUGACUUCCUUAAAGUUCAAGCACAGAACUAUGUUUGGAAAAGGACAAAAGAAACUCCUGAAUCAACAGCUGUGGCAGCACUCCUCCAACAGUUCAUCUAUGGCCUCAUAUAUCAACCUUCACCGCUGUAUACUCUCCCGGUCUGAACUAACCCUCAAGAUAGCCAUAGAUGAAGCCCACACAUCUGAGAUGGCUGACCAGUCCAUGCCUGACCUUCGCCAUUUUCCUCCACCUACGCCUCCUGCAUUUCCUGUCUCAACUGUUCACCACCAGCAGGCUCAGCCUCUGUCAUUGUGCAAUGAACCCUGCCAUAAAGGUCACAGCAGGAGCAAGAAGGAAGGGAAGCCAUUUUGUUGUUACGAUUGCCUUCCAUGCCCAAGAGGAAAAGUUUCAGAUCAAAUAGAUGUGGAUUCUUGUUACCAGUGUCCAGAGGAUCACUAUGCCAGCCAAGCCCAGGAUCGCUGCAUUCUAAAAGAGAUCAGCUUCCUAUCUUUCCAAGAUCCUUUGGGAUUCAUUUUAGCCAUUUUUGCUGUUUUAUUUUCCUUCAUCACGGCUCUGGUUCUCACAAUCUUCAUUCACCACAAGGACACUCCUAUAGUCAAGGCCAACAACCGAGGCCUCAGCUACACCCUCCUGAUCUCCCUUCUGCUUUCCUUUCUCUGCCCUUUGCUUUUCAUUGGUCAGCCUCAGAGAGCAACCUGUCUCCUCCGCCAAACUGCUUUUGGCAUCAUUUUCUCUGUGGCGGUUUCUUGUGUGGUGGCCAAAACCCUCACUGUGGUCCUCGCUUUCAUGGCCACCAGGCCAGGUUCUAAAAUGAGGUCAUGGGUAGGAAACAGGCUAGCCAUCUUUAUGGUGUUUUCCUGCUCCUCCAUUCAAACCACUCUUUGUACAGUAUGGUUGCUGAGCUCUGCUCCAUUUCCAGAUCUUGACAUGCACUCUCUGCCUACAGAAAUGGUCCUGGAAUGCAAUGAAGGCUCCACUGCCAUGUUCUACGCUGUCCUGGGUUUCGUUGGCCUCUUGGCCAUGAUCAGCUUUACAGUGGCUUUCCUUGGCAGGAAUCUCCCAGACAGUUUCAACGAAGCCAAAUUUAUCACCCUCAGCAUGCUUCUCUUUUGCAGUGUCUGGAUCUCAUUUGUCCCGGCCUACCAGAGCACCAAAGGGAAAUACACGAAUUCCUCCUCCAGUCAUGUUGUGGUGACGUCAUCUGCGUGGAUCUGCUCCAUCUUCAUUUUUUUCACUGGGGGCACGGCUGCCGCUGAAGAUGCCGACGAGACCCCGCCACCACCAGAAUAA